CCAGUGAAACACUUUCCUGGGAAGUCAUUAGUUUCUCUGUCCCCUUGCGUUUGAACAUGGUGCGGACUAAAGCAGACAGUGUCCCGGCCACCUACAGAAAAGUGGUGGCCUCUCGAGCCCCCAGGAAGGUGCUUGGUUCCUCCACCUCUGUCAUUAAUUCUGCAUCUCUUUCAUCAAGGAAAGCUGAAAAUAAGUAUGCAGGAGGGAAUCCAGUUUGUGUUCGCCCAACUCCCAAGUGGCAAAAAGGAAUUGGAGAAUUCUUCAAGCAGUCCUCUAAAGAUUCUGAAAAAGAGAACCAGAUUCCUGAAGAGGCAGGAAGCAGUGGCUUAGGAAAAGCAAAGAGAAAAGCGUGUCCUUUGCAACCUGAUCACACAGAUGAUGAAAAAGAAUAGAACUUUCAUAUUCAACUUUGAAUAAUAUCUCGUUUACUCUGAUAUUCUAGGAUUUAAAUCUGCAUAGAUGUGUUUGUUCAAAUGGCUUUGUUAAAUAGGCAUUUAAUGUUUAAUAUGAGGCUAAAAUUUAGUUAUUCAAAAAUAAGCAGUUAUGAAAUUGGAGAAUUUGUAAAAUUAUGGUUACUUAGCUUAAUAUUCAAUAUAAUGCAU